UCCCUUCUUCUCCAUCUCGGAACACCUCUAGUCCCGCCUUCUCUCCGACCCUCCUCGAGUCGCUGGGGAGUUUAAUGCAGAUCCCUCGGCCUCGUCUUCGGAACCCCGGGUUUGCAUUUUACUUUACAGACACUUUUUCCCUGGCCACUUUUUUAAUUCUUUUAAAUUUGUUUUUAACUUCCGCGACACUUUAAAUCGAUUUGAAGAAGAUUUGCACCACUUGUCGCCUCCAUCUCCGCCGAGCAACGUCCGAGCCGCCAAGGUAAGAGCAACAGCCAUGCUACUCCCCUCAUCUCUACUACUCCUCCUUGGGCUACUCUCUCGGAGUCCCAGUGCAUCAUGGGCCGCUAAAGUGAUCGUCGUCCCACCCAUCAUGUUUGAAUCACACCUCUACAUCUUCAAGACGCUGGCCACGGCUCUGCACCAAGAGGGCCACGAGACCCACUUUCUGAUUUCAGAGGGUCGCGGGGUGCCCCCCUCCCCUUACUACCACCUGCAGCGCUACCCGGGGAUCUUUAACAGCACCACGGCGGACAAUUUCCUCCAGUCCAAAGUCAGCAACAUCUUCUCAGGCCGCCUGACCUUUCUGGAACUGUUUGACAUCCUUGAGCACUACUCCCAGAACUGUGACGCUGUCGUCGGCAGUGUCGAGGUCAUGACCCGCCUCAAGGAGGCCAAGUUUGACCUGCUGCUGGUGGACCCGAAUGAGAUGUGCGGUUUCGUGAUCGCUCACAUCCUGGGUGUGAAAUACGCCGUGUUCAGCACAGGCCUCUGGUACCCUGCAGAGGCGGGAGCCCCAGCCCCGCUUUCGUACGUACCCGAAUUUAACUCCUUGCUCACCGACCGCAUGUCCCUGGUGCAGAGGAUUGCAAACACAGCCGUUUACUUGGUGCAGCGCUUUGGAGUCCGUUACAUCGCCUUACCCAAGUAUGACCGGAUUAUGAAGAAACACGGAGUAACGCCUCAAGUGGCCAUGGCCGACUUGGUGCAGGGCAGCCAGCUGUGGAUGCUUUGCACCGACAUGGCUCUAGAGUUCCCCAGGCCCACCCUGCCACAUGUGGUGUACAUAGGAGGCAUCCUCACCAAGCCCCCCAACCCACUGCCACAGGACUUUGAGGCGUGGGUGAAUGACACAGCGGAGCACGGCUUUGUAGUUGUGUCGUUUGGAGCUGGGGUCAAGUACCUUUCCCGAGACAUUGCUCACAAACUGGCCGGAGCCCUCGCCAGGCUCCCGCAGCGCGUCGUCUGGAGAUUCUCUGGCGUUCCACCCAGUAACCUUGGCAACAACACCAAGCUUGUUGAUUGGAUGCCUCAGAAUGACUUAUUAGGACACGCCAACACCAGGGCCUUCCUGAGCCAUGGUGGCCUGAACAGCAUCUACGAGGCCAUGUACCACGGGGUGCCGGUGGUAGGCGUGCCCCUGUUUGGGGACCACUAUGACACCAUGACUCGCGUGGCAGCCAAAGGAAUGGGCGUCAUGCUGCACUGGAAGUACAUGACCGAGGAAGACCUCUACACAGCCCUGACCAGCAUCAUCAAAGACACCAGGUAUCGCCAGAAAGCACUUACUCUCUCCAACAUUCACAAAGACCAGCCCGGCCACCCCGUGACCAGGGCCGUCUACUGGAUCAGCUACGUUCUACGGCACAACGGCGCCAGCCACCUGCGCUCUGCUGUAUAUGAGGUGUCCCCCUACCAGUACUUCCUGCUGGAUGUCAUUUUUACUGUAGUGGCUACCUUGGCUCUGACUGUCAUUGCCCUGCGACGGUGUGUACGAUGGCUGAGGGGGAAAGCCGGGGACCAGAGCAGAGGAGGCGCCUUCACCAGGGAUGACGCCAGCUCGGCCAAUGGACAUUGCCACAGCGAGAGCAUGGCCAAUGGGAGACACAAACGCAAUGGUUCUUUGAAAAGCGAGAAGAAGAUUAAUUAAUGUUUUUGAAUGGCCAUGAGGGACGAGGUGAGAAGUUGCCCCAAGGACUCAGCUCUAGGUUUGGUUUUGUAGUUUCAUAGAAGCUUUGACGGAAAGCUGUUCUUAGGUUAUGUGAGGCAACUGCUACCCGGAGCGAGCAGAAGGCUUUUGGAGGAUACACCGUGCACCGUGUGGGGACAGAGCAAGGCAUUGGGUGUGUGUGUGUGUGUGUGUGUGAGACUGUUUGUGCGUGUAUGUAUCACUGAGAAAAAAUGUAAUGAAAACUCUUAACAUAAGCAGCUACUGCAAUACAGCACCAAUUUGAAAAAGUCAUUCAGAAUGAAACUCGAGGGAAGACACAUUAAGGGGGACAUGUUUCUUCAUGUGCGUCAUCGCUUGCAUUUCGCUCGCUGCCUUCCUGCCCUCCUUUGCGUUUGAAGGAUGCUGAAGAGGGGAAAUCCUGAGGGCCAACCACUCAUCCUCAGAACAAAACAAAAGGAUGACCUAUAAAUAGUUAGGAUUUAAUGUUUUUAACUACAAAUUCUGCUUCAACAAAUGUCUGGCAAACUGUAAAUAGAGGGACCAAUCUAUUUAUUACUGUUCACAUUUUUUAACCUUUAACCUUUUCUGUUUUUGAUUUAUUUGAUAUAUCAAUAGUGGGACAGCAUUUAUGGUAGAUGAACACUCCCUCCUUUAAGGUAUCAUUUGCAAAAUAUUGUGUGCUUCAUUUUGGUGAAACAAACAAAAGAAAGACAGACAGCUGCAGUCAUUACAAGUUUGCACGGCAGCUGCAUUCUCCCCAGUAUUCACUGUGGUCUUCAUUUCAAAAUGAUCUGUGUUGAAAAUAUUUCAGAUUUUCCUUUUUUCACAUGGUAGGCCCAUUGUUUCUGUGCUCACAGUUUGUGGGGGUCGAGAAAAACUCAACUCGACUCUGUUGGGCUUAUCGGUUUUAAAAAGUUUCAUCAUGAUAUCGUCAACAAAUAUACAAAUGACUCCUGGGAGUUCUGUGGAAAGGCAGAGCCAGACCCAAAGUGUGCUCCAGCUCAUCCAGUCAGGUGAUCAAGGAUGAGUCUUAUUUCCUUUGUCUAUUUAUUAGCAUCACUUGAUUGCCAUUUGGUGGAUCAUGGAUUUUAACAAACAAUGUGUAUAAAAGGCUAUUUUUAAACUACACAGUUCAGGAGGAAAUUAAUUUAGCACCCUUUACAAGUCCAUCCAUAAUCAUCAAUAGGAAUAUCUUUGUCAACCUCGAGCAAUUCUAUCACCUUUUAGUGUGAAUGAUUGAUUCCUAUGUGGCCUUUUGUAAUACAAACAUUUGAUUAUGCAGUAUGCUUCAAUGAAGGAGUGUGUUGAUGAAACAAUGUAAAUUAGGUUUAUUUUAGUCCACGCUGUGUCUUUUAAUUCUCAAUGCAGAUUGAGGAAGGGUGUGAGUAGUGUGAAAAAGGUGAACCUCACCACUUCUACAGUAAGUGACACUGAUCCCUGCAGCACAAUCUGCUUUUCUUGAACCCCCGUGGAGGAGAUCAAAGUACAGGGCGAGCUGGAAGAGUAUCUUUGUUUGUGGGGAUUCGGUAUCUUGCUAAUGGACAUUUCAGAAGGCCCGCUGCUCACACGAGACUUCCUGUUGGACGGCUUAUCAAAUGACCAGGUCACACGUUCUGUGUUUUUCUCAAUUGAUCCAGCAAUUCAGACCACAAAUAUAAUUUUUCAAAAUUUCAAAAUUGCAACCACAAAUUGGCCUUCUGGAAUAUAAAUGAUUGUCCCAAGCACUAAAGCCUCGCAAGGGGACAAUGUAUCAACGUCUUUUUGAGAAUAAAUGCUAUCACUUAACCUGUCAAAAGUUGAGGAGGACCUAACAUCCAACAAACACGAUCACCCGUCCUGCAUGAUAAUUGAGACAAACCCGAUGAUCUUCCUUUCACUGUGAGCUACACUUGCACCGCCCAACCCAACCCUGCUGAGAACGCACUCUUAUACUUGAAACAUCAUCAUUGUCAUCGUCAUCUAUUACAAGUUCAAUUGGGUGGGAUAGGUGGGCCUGUAGGUGCUCCACAAGCUAUGAACAGGGUCUGGAGAGGAAAAGAAUUCAUAUUGUGAAGUGUCAUGUUUUUUUUGUUCAUCAUUAGUUUCAGUAUUAAUGUAUAGUAGUGUCAGGAUUAAAACCAGCGCCCGUCUCUUGUGUCUGCAAUGAUUCUCUAGUCUGAUGUGUCUCUUGUUCUUGUGUUUGCGUUUCAUCAGCUUAGAGUUUUUCUUUGUUCAGUUUUCAAUGGUGCACUCGGUCGUUCCAUUUGUCCAGCUAUUUGUCUUACACCGUGUAAUCUGCUGUCAUUGUAUUCAUUGGAAUUUUUUCCUCCUCCUUAUAUAUUAGAUGUCUUCACUCCCUUUUGUUCUUUCAAAUUUUUAUUUUACUUUGAUCUUAAAAUUAUAUAAAGUUCUCAAUUUUUCCGUCAUGUGUGUCCAUGUUGUAAAUAGAACAAUGUAAACAAACAACUAAUGCUGAAUAAAAAUUAAAUAUUUUGUUUGCAGAGUCAA